UAUCACUCAUAUACUCAUAUCACUGACGUUGAAACGUCAACUGAAUAAGGAGGAGGAAACUGAUCAUUAGCUAGAGAUUUUUUUUUAUUUAACACAUAAAUAUUUGGAUCUGAUUGAUAGUGUCCGUGGUCGGUGGUCGUUAAACGAUAAAUGUGGUUGUUCAGUGAUCCUGUGAAGAGUUGAAGGAAUUACACGAGUUCGUGAGCGCACCAGAAGGUGUGUGUGGGGCACAGAAAAAUGGCCAGAGAUUAUGACCACUUAUUUAAAUUGUUAAUUAUCGGUGAUAGUGGUGUAGGGAAAAGUUCGCUGCUGCUGCGUUUCGCCGACAACACGUUCUCCGGUAGUUACAUUACGACAAUCGGAGUGGACUUUAAGAUCCGGACGGUUAACUUGGAUGGGAAACGGGUGAAACUGCAAAUCUGGGAUACUGCAGGACAGGAGAGAUUUCGCACAAUAACCAGCACUUAUUAUCGAGGCACGCACGGUGUAAUAGUCGUUUACGAUGUUACAAACGGAGAAUCCUUUGCGAACGUUAAACGGUGGUUGCACGAGAUAGACCAGAAUUGCGACGUAGUGAAUCGAGUGUUAGUGGGUAACAAGAAUGAUGAGCCGGAGAGGAAAGUUGUGCUGACGGAGGACGCGAGCCGAUUCGCCGAGACGAUGGGCAUCCAGCUGUUCGAGACUUCAGCCAAAGAUAAUAUAAACGUGGAGGAGAUGUUCCUCAGUGUGACCCGGCUGGUGCUGCGAUCCAAGCAGGAGAUGAAGGAGCGCCAGCAGGUGACCAACACGGACACAGUGAACCUCCGCAAAAGCAAUAAGCAAACGCGAAAGAAGUGCUGCUAACAUCUACUCUGUCGCCCCAGACACACCAACAAAUGAACCAGAAUUAUUAAUUUGCGAAGAUGAAGAGAAAAAAUAAUAAUUUGAAAGAGCGAGAGAAGAGUUCUUUGUUUGU